CUCGCGAAGGGGCGGUGAUGGGCACUUAGCACCGCCAAUCAGCACCGGGAGUCCGGACCGCGCCCAAUCAGGGCCGGGCGGCAGAGACCGGAGUAGGUUGCAAGUUGGCAGCGCAUGUGGCGGACGCGGAACGGUGGGGACCUCGCUGCCAGCCUCGCCGCUUCCCGCGCGCUCCGCACCAAGGCCCCUGGCGCCGGCCUGAGGACGCCGAGGAGGCAGGGGCCCGACAGGGCUGUCCGGCCGGAACCGCGGAGCACCUCCUGCAGCGGUCGCGGGCUCGCCCCCCGCGGCCGGUGCCAUGUCCGACUCUCUCCCCUAAAGGAGACUUCCUCAGCUGUUGCUGCCGAGAGAUGAAGGACCUGUUAGAGCGUCAGACGACUUCGGGGCCGGCCAACUAGGGGGUUCGGCAGGUGGUCGCCUGCGCCCUCCCGGUCUCGUUCCUUUCACCUCUUGAGCGAGGCCUCGCUCGCCUCCGGGCACGCGGCGGGUGCAGAGAGCAGCUGGGCCCGGCGGGGCGCGCGGGCAACAUGUUCCCCCGGAGGCCGCCGGUCGGCCUGGCUGCCUGGUUGCUGGUGGGCGCGGCGGCGACCGGGCGCGCGGGGGCGCGGGGCGGGGGCCUGCUCGCCCUGCUGGCCAAUCAGUGCCGCUUCGUGACGGGCCUGCGUGUGCGGCGGGCGCAGCAGAUCGCGCAGCUCUACGGCCGCCUCUACUCGGAGAGCUCGCGCCGCAUCCUCCUUGGUCGCCUCUGGCGCCGGCUGCGCGGACGCCCGGGCCAUGCCUCUGCCUUGAUGGCGGCGCUUGCCGGCGUGUUCGCGUGGGACGAAGAGAGGAUCCAGGAGGAGGAGUUGCAGAGAUCCAUUGAUGAGAUGAAACGGUUGGAGGAAAUGUCAAGUACGUUUUGGAGCUCUGGAGUUGACCACCACCCUCCAGAACCAAAAUCCCAAACAGGAAGGGAUGAAGAUUCAGGAGGCAGAGAGCAACCGUGGGAGAUGGUGAUGGAUAAGAAACACUUCAAGCUGUGGCGGCGCCCCAUUACAGGCACCCCCCUUUACCAGUACAGAGUUUUUGGAACCUACACAGAUGUGACACCUCGGCAGUUCUUCAAUGUUCAGCUGGAUACAGAGUAUAGAAAAAAGUGGGACGCCCUGGUGAUCAAGCUGGAAGUGAUCGAGAGGGAUGUGGUUAGUGGUUCUGAGGUUCUUCACUGGGUAACCCAUUUUCCUUAUCCAAUGUACUCACGGGAUUAUGUCUAUGUUCGGCGGUAUAGUGUGGAUGAGGAAAACAAUGUGAUGGUGUUGGUGUCACGGGCCGUGGAGCACCCUAGUGUGCCAGAGUCUCCGGAAUUUGUAAGGGUCAGAUCAUAUGAAUCCCAGAUGGUUAUCCGUCCCCACAAGUCAUUUGAUGAGAAUGGCUUUGACUACUUGCUGACGUACAGUGACAAUCCCCAGACAGUGUUUCCUCGCUACUGCGUUAGUUGGAUGGUUUCCAGUGGCAUGCCAGAUUUCCUGGAGAAGCUGCACAUGGCCACUCUGAAAGCCAAGAACAUGGAGAUCAAAGUAAAGGACUAUAUCUCGUCUAAGCCUCUGGAAGUGGGUAGUGAAACCAAGGCCACCGCCCCAUCUUCUGAGCGGAAGAGCGAGGGUAGCUGUGGCCCUGCCCGGAUUGAGUAUGCCUGAAGGACUUUCAGAUAAGCGGGGACUGGCUGCUUCUAGCCCCGUCUCCGUGUCUUAUCACUCACUCUGUUGCAGAACAAACAGGACGUGUAUUUGAAGGUGUCUGCUGUAACCACCAGUGCAGGAUAAUUCAGCACUGGUGUCCGGUCUUGUUCAGAGCCCUGCUGCUCUUUAUUACAGCAGAAGAAGGAGGCAUCCGAGGGGGCAUCAUCAUAUUCUCAGGCCAAGCAUUUGGAAAUUUGGUGUUUCGCUGAGCUAAUCUGGAACAAGCCUCUGCCCUCAAGCCAGAGGGGACAACAUCUUUUGCUUCCUCUGCGUGGUUUCCUCUGUCCACAUUCCAUUCUCAGCCUCGGUUCUGUGGCACUCCGGGUUUCCUUCGGUUCUGCAGGUCCAGCUGGACCACAUGGACGGUUGCGUCUUCAGUGAGUGGUCAUGGGGCAUGCUCUUGGUCACAGGCUGGUGUUGAGUGGGUGUGAACUGUUGCUUGGCAGUGUAAGUGCCUUGUCCUCACCUUCUGUCUUUAGGGACAUAAAGUUUGUACCAAGAAAUACAACUCUUGGCCUCCCAUUCACACCGCAUUGACUCCCUCUACCCAGGGCAGUUUCCUUUGAGUUGACCGGUUCUUGUAUUUGUGUGCUGUAUUCAUCUGGGUUGUUGCCUCCUCCCGCAGGCCGUUUACCAGCAACACUGGCAGAUGGUGGCUCUCUGUAUCAUCAGUGUUUUUGAUGGGGUCAGUGGAGAUGCUUGACACAUUACACUUUAGCUCUGUUUUUUUUUUAACCUUUGUGUUAGAUAGUGGGAAUUGGGGAGUUGAAUAGGAUUUUUCCAUAGUCUGAGUGUAUAGAAUACACCCUUUUUUUUU